UUUUCAUUGGUUGAAAAUUUUUGCGGUUUUCAAAUUUUGGACGUGCAUCUUGUGAAAACAGAAACUUUUGAAGCAUGAACCCCAGAUGAAAGUGAUUUUGAAAAAGAUCUGUUGCAACAAAACAUGGAGAAAGAGGAGUCAACGAAUUCGUCUAAAGAUUUGAAGAUGGAGGUGAUCAAAUGUAUAAAAGGAGUGGAAAUUCCUCUAGUUGUCAAUCCCAGAAACUUCUUUAAUUCAUCAUCAAGUUUUCAACUACAAAUUCAAAUCUUAUUACAAACAAUCAACUUUCACAAUGGGUUUAGCAGAUCAUCAUCUUGUGAAGAAAUUCUACAAUGCUGAGGAAAAGUCUGAAGGUUCUACCUUCAUGGCUGUCUUUGUCGGUUUAUUUGCUGCCUUUGGUGGUAUCUUAUUUGGUUACGAUACUGGUACAAUUUCCGGUGUCUUAGCUAUGCCUUAUGUUUUAAAACAUUUCCCAAAAGAUCAACCUGGUGUUAAUGGUGGUGAAGGUGUUUUCUCAUCAUCUGAACAUUCUUUAAUUGUCUCCAUUUUAUCUGCUGGUACUUUCUUCGGUGCUUUAUUAGCUCCUUACAUGAAUGAUACCAUUGGUCGUCGUUGGACUUUAAUUAUUUCUUGUGCUGUUAUUUUCAACAUUGGUGUUAUUUUACAAGUUGCUGCUCAUGAUAUCAACUUAUUAGUUGCUGGUCGUGUUAUUGGUGGUUUUGGUGUCGGUUUAGUCUCAUCAACUGUCCCAUUAUAUCAAUCUGAAACUACUCCAAAAUGGAUUCGUGGUGCUGUUGUCUCAUGUUAUCAAUUUGCCAUCACUAUUGGUUUAUUAUUAGCUUCUUGUGUCAACAAAGGUACCCACAACAGAGAUGAUUCUGGUUCAUACAGAAUUCCAUUAGCUAUCCAAUUCUUAUGGGCUUUGAUCUUAUCCAUUGGUAUGAUCUUUUUACCAGAAACUCCAAGAUUCUUUGUUCACAAGGGUAAAUCUGAUGAAGCUAUGAAAUCAUUGGCAAGAUUAAGAAAAUUACCAGCUGACCAUCCUCAAUUAGUUGAUGAAUUAGGUGAAAUUGUUGCUAACUAUGAAUUUGAAAUGAGUCAAGGUAGUUCAAGCUGGGCUGAUUGUUUCUCACUCAAAAACUCUCAAUUGAAAAGAAUUUUCACUGGUUUUGCUAUUCAAGCUUUCCAACAAUUAACUGGUAUUAACUUUAUUUUCUACUUCGGUACAACUUUCUUCAAAAACUCUGGUAUCAAAAAUGAAUUCACUAUUCAAUUAGUUACAAACAUUGUUAACGUUGUUGCUACUAUUCCAGGUAUUUUCUUGGUUGAUAUUUUAGGUCGUCGUUCUAUGUUGAUUGGUGGUGCUAUUGGUAUGUGUACCUCUGAAUUAUUGAUUGCCAUCAUCGGUGUUGCUACCAAAUCAGAUGCUGCUAACAAAUGUUUAAUUGCAUUCACCUGUAUCUUCAUUGCCUUUUUUGCUGCUACUUGGGGUUGUGAUGCUUGGGUUGUUAUUGGUGAAAUCUUCCCAUUGAGAACAAGAGCUAAAUCUAUUGCUAUCUCAACUGCUAGUAACUGGUUAUGGAAUUUUGCCAUUGCUUAUGCAACCCCAUACUUGGUUGAUGAUGCUCCAGGUUCUGCCAGAUUACAAUCAAAAGUUUUCUUCAUUUGGGGUGGUUGUAACUUCUUAUGUAUCUUGUUUGCAUUCUUAUUUGUCUAUGAAACUAAAGGUUUGUCAUUGGAAGCUGUUGAUGAAUUAUAUGAAUCUGUUCCAAAUGCUUGGAAAUCUGCUGGUUUCAUCCCAACUGAACACAACUACUCAAGAAAAGUUGCUGGUGAUGAAGUCUUUGAUGAAAGAAAAGCCACUAUUACCAACGUUGAAGAUGCUAAGGGAGGUAUUCUUGAACAAAGAUCAACUGCUUCUGAAUCAGUUUAAUCAUCGUUUCCACCUAUUUAUUCAAUUCUCCGGACCGUUAUUGUUCAUUUAUUAAUUUUAUCUCAUGUGUUUACGAAUUUUUU